AUGGAGAUCAACCCGUACGUGUUUAAGAGCCUAGUGCAGAUCUACGAGGAGUAUCUGAAUCUGAUCAUACACCGAGUGAAGGGUUACAAAGUGCUGAUCCUGGACGACGAGACGAAGACGAUCAUUUCGCUCAUCUUCUCACACUCCUACAUCCUAGAAAAGGAGAUCUUCCUCACGUUGAAUUUUAACGACAAUAACAUUUUCGAAGAUGCAACGAGUAGCGGUGGAAAAAGUGACAAGUUUGACUUCAAGAAUUACAAAAUAAAAAACCUGAAGCAUCUGAAGGCUAUUUUCCUGUUAAGGCCAACACAUACAAAUAUCCUAAAGUUAAUGAAGGAGUUGAGGAGGCCAAUAUUCCUAGAGUAUUAUCUCUUCUUCACCAAUGUCCUGAGUGAUAGGUACACGGAGAAGCUAGCCAAGGCGGAUGAAUUCGAAGUCGUAAAAAAUAUCAUGGAGUACUACAUAGAUGCGUAUGUCCUUCAUGAUAAUUUGUUUUCCCUAAAUAUUGACUACACGUCUUUUUUGUACAAAAAUGAUGAUAAGCAUUGCCUUUCCAUGGGAGAUAGAGGUAGGAACAGGAGGAAAAAGAAAGGCCCUUUUGUGAAAAAUACACAAGGUAUGCUUUGGUCUGAUGGUAAGUACAACCUAGGGGAAGCUAGAAAUAAAUAUGAUAAGCUUACAAUAGAUGAAUUUGGACAAAUUGGGGAAGGAAACAAGGAUGGUUUCUCCAAUGCACAACUUUUUCAAAAUAGUAGUGAUUACAACGCCAGCACUGUUGUCGAUGAUGAUGUGAGCAACUACUCCAGCUUUGCUCUGUUUGAAAAUCAAGUCGUCCAAAGAAUACAAGUACCUGAUAUCAUCUACAAUAGGAACUCUCCCAUUUGUAAGCACAUAAUUGAUUUGUUAAAAAUUAAGAUGCUAAGAAAUGAGUCUGUUUUUUCUGCCGUAUUGGAUUCAUACGAAAGGUACAAUGGAGAGGUAGAGAGACAGAUAAAAAUGGCUAGUCAGCAGGGAGAACAUAGUAACUACCAAUUUAAUAGUAUCAUCGGGAAUCAGCCUGUGAAUAUGGGAACUGAGGGGAACUGCUGUUAUAUGAUAAUUCUGGAUAGAAGAGAAGAUCCCAUCACUCCGCUGCUAACCCAGUGGACCUACCAAGCAAUGCUACAUGAACUCAUCGGUAUAGAGAACAACAAAAUAAAUUUGGGAAACAACUCAGAAGAAUCUCAAAUAGUGAUGUCAUGUAUGUAUGACGAUUUUUACAAUGAGCAUUUGUUUGAUAAUUUUGGAGAUCUCGGAAAAGCAGUCAAAACUUAUGUAGAUGUAUACCAAGAGGAGACAUCUAAAAAAAGUAACUUAGAAUCCAUAGAUGAUAUCCAAAAGUUUAUAGAGAUCUAUCCAAAUUAUAAAAAGCUAUCUGGGAAUGUUACUAAGCAUGUGAAUAUCCUUCACAAGUUUUCCGAAAUUGUAGAGAAGAGACAACUAUUUUACAUCUCCGAGUUAGAACAGUCCAUAGCCAUUUAUUACAAAAAAAGUGAACACUUCAAGCAAGUCAUCGAGACGAUCAGAAAUGAUACGUACACUAAUUAUGAUGUGUUACGGUUGUCUUUGUUGUAUUCUCUUAAGUAUGAGGAUGAAGAAGAAGUGGAGAUGAUAAAAACGGAAUUGACCAAAAGGAAUAUAGACAAAGAUCAAGUGCUACUGAUAGAUGCCUUACUAAUGUAUGCAAAUGAAGAAGCGAGGAAUAAUCAGCUAUUCAAAGAGCAGACUUUUUUAGACUUUGCAAAAACGACGAUAACGAGAACGAUAAAAGGGACUUCCAAUGUUUUUACGCUACACAAAUCGUACAUUUAUUACCUCAUUGAAGAUUUGAUGAAAUGUAAGUUGGACAGUCACACGUACACGACGACCAACUUGCUCAACAUCGAGCCGAAUGUGAAUAAGCGAGUCAACUCCAUGAUCGUGUUCUUCAUCGGGGGGGCCACCUACGAGGAGUACCGCGACCUGCAGUACUUGAGCAAGCGGUACAAUAUUUCCUUUCUGCUCGGCGCCACGCAGCUCCACAACUCGCAGUCCUUCCUGGCGGACGCGCUGCAGCUGGUCAAGGACUGA